ACGAGCACGACAGAACCAGCUCAGUGGCAAGUAAUAAAACAACGCGUUUGCUCCUCCGUCCAAAAUUAAGAUAUUUAUGUUAUAACACCGUAUUUUAAGCGGUACGUACUAAGAGAGGACGCCGUGGCGCAUUUUUAUGGAGGCGUUGUCGCGGGUGAAAAUGUUUUUUUAGCCRGAGAGAGUAAUGUUUUGAGCCGCGGCGUUCAGUUAGCUAGCUGGCUAGCAGGGCAAUCUCGCAACAACCCCGCAAUGACUGGUUGACAACGAUUUCUAUGGAUAGAUAUUUAUUGACGCGGGACUUUACAAAGCUGCCAAACAUAGGUUCGUCUUACAGAUUCAAUCGUCCCACCGCUGGUUGUUAUGGACAACGUGAAAUCACGCAGCACUGAUGAGGAUGAAGAGCUGCACUCCACAGAUCCAGAGAGUAAAGAGAAUGGCAAAGAUAAAAAGGCGCUGUGCAAAGUGAAGUGGUCACGAGACGAGGAUGAAAAGCUGAAAAAGUAUGUUGAGCAACAUGGAACUGAAUCCUGGAAAUUAAUAGCGACAUUUUUCCCUGGGAGGACAGAUGGUCAGUGUCAGCACCGCUGGCAGAAGGUGCUCAAUCCAGAGUUAGUAAAAGGACCCUGGACAAAAGAGGAGGAUCAGAAGGUGAUCGACCUGGUGCACAAAUAUGGCCCCAAGCGGUGGUCGGUCAUCGCCAAGCACCUCCAGGGAAGGAUUGGAAAGCAGUGCAGAGAACGGUGGCACAACCACCUGAACCCGGAGGUGAAGAAGUCGUCGUGGACUCAGGAGGAGGACCGAGUCAUCUACGAGGCCCACAAGCGGCUYGGCAACCGCUGGGCCGAGAUCUCAAAACUUCUCCCUGGACGGACGGACAACUCCAUCAAGAACCACUGGAAUUCCACCAUGAGGAGGAAAGUGGAGCACGAGGGUUACCUGCAGGACGGCUUCAAAGUGCUGACCUCCUCCACCAAGAGACGUCAUAAAACGUGUCCCACAGAAUCUCAGCUCUGUGACCGGAGUCCUCUGCCUGCGACAGGACCCAACCAGAUGGCUGGUUUCUCGUACGAUCCCGCCAGUGGACACAUGAUGGACAGCAUUCCUGACAAUGCUGGCUUUCCGCCCUGCCUGGAUGAUCCUGACAGAGAGCAAAGAAUUAAGGAGCUUGAGCUGCUGCUUAUGUCAGCAGAGAGAGAAGUCCAGCGACAAGUGCAGUGCAGAGGUUCCUGUAGCGUGAAUCCCGGGGAUUCGUACCCAGCCUGGUCAGGCAGCGCCUCAGAUGAAGCCUUCACCGCGAGCAGCGGCAGCCUGGAGGAGCUGGCCGAGGGGCCGGGACCCUGGAGGGGUCCGGCAGGGCCUCCGGCGCAGCUUCCCAUCUCCCCCAGCAAGUUCCUGUCCCUGGAGGCCAGCGCAGUGCUCUGCAGCCUGCAGACCAUCCCGGAGUUUGCAGAAACUAUGGAGCUGAUUGAGUCAGACGCUGCAGCGUGGAACAAUGUAGCCGGUUUUGAUUUGUCCAACACGGCGCCGUCACCCAGGCACAACCCGGCAGUCUACACCGACCUCCUGCAGGAGAAAACCRUUUACAGCUCAACGGGUUUCACCGUCGACACGCCCGCCGCCUCGGGCCGAGACAGGAGCGCCGCUCCUUUUGGCUCGGGGUGCAGCAACCCGUCCAAACCCACUCAGGCAUCCGCCGGGAGGAAGAGGAGAAGAGACAAGGGGGAGCCUCUGUGUGACAAGACCUGCACCUCCUUCUUGGACAACGUCUCGCCCAAGAAAACCCCCACAAAGUCCCAGCCGUUCACACCUUCACAGUUCUGCAACAUAUCCGGAACAGAGCACCUGAGUCUGGAUGACCCCACGCUGACCUCCACUCCUGUGUGUGGUCAGAGGUGGCUCCUCCACACGCCUCUCCACAAAGAAACCACACCUAAGCGCCAGAAAGAGAAUGAUGGUUCCAGGACCCCCAAAUUUCGUAGAAGUGCUGCAGUUUUGACUCCGAGGACACCGACUCCAUUUAAAAACGCUCUGGCUGCCCAGGAGAAGAUGCACGGGCCACUGCGGAUGGAGCCGCAGCCAUUGGCACUUCUAGAAGAGGACAUUCGAGAAGUUCUGAAGCAGGAGACUGGAACAGACAUCUUCCACCAGUCAGACCACAGAGUGUGGAAACAUCAUAUGGAAGGUCCGGCUAGAAAAGUGCGCAAGUCUCUUGUAUUAGACCCUUGGGACAAAGACAAUCUUGAUGUCCAGCUCUUCCAGGAGCAGCUCAACAACGCACAGAUUUCUGAGGAGAGUCUGCUGACGAGCUCGUCUUCACUGAUCCUCCCGAUCGUCRAAGAGGAGGGUGGGCAGCCUUUGGCCUCCGAGGAAGACGAGCCCUCCUCCUCUGGGAGUCUUCCUCGCCUCUUUACCAGCCCUCGUAUGCCUAAGGUUUCCUCUUCAAUCAAAGCACUGAAACCUGCACAGGUGAGCGAGUGGGAAGCAGUGGUUUAUGGGAAAACUGAGGACCAGUUGAUCAUGACAGAACAGGCUCGUCAGUACCUGAACCCCUACCCGUCGUCUGGCUCUACCUCCCGGGCUCUCGUGCUCUAAAGCCAACCCCUUAAGCAGCACUACACCCAUCCAACGACUACAAACUCCCCCCGAGUCCUUUAAGAGACAAUCCAGAGCAGCAGAAACACACCACCGAGGACACUGUCCACCGAGGACACUGUCCACCGAGGACACUGUCCACCGAGGACACUGUCCACCGAGGACACUGUCCACCGAGGACACUGUCCACCG